AUGACAUCUAGGUAUAGAGUGGAAUAUGCAUUGAAACAACACAGACGUGACGAGUUCAUUGAGUGGAUUAAAGGUCUUUUGGCUGUACCCUUUGUAUUAAGAGCUGAUGCGGAGAAUUACGAUAACGUUUUCGAUAGCCAUUUUGAUGAUCCAAGUUUAUAUGAAGAAUAUGUUAGUACCAAGGAAGACCAAAUCCAAGCUGAAUGUCAAAAGGGAUACCUACUGGUGUUUCGUGACGUUGAACAAUUAAUUGAGCACACCAUUGUCAUUGAUAACUUGAAUGAAACCAGAAAUUCAAACGUAUUGGAGAGUAGACUCCGGAAACUUGUUCCAUCACUUGGUCGAUUUUUCACACCACUUCCCUUAUGUCAAGCAUUUCUAAUUGAGGAUCAAAGAAGAAUGAUGUCCCAAAGAAGACUUGUACUGCCUUCAUUUAAUGACGUUCGAUCUAUCUUGAACACAGCACAAGUCUUAUCACUUUCAAAAUUGUAUAAAGAUCUGGUUGAAAAAACAGGAACCAGAUUGAAAUUGAUCACUUUUGAUGGUGAUGUGACCCUUUAUAACGACGGUAGCUCGUUAACGGUGGACUCUCCAGUGGUUAAGCGUUUGGUGAAACUUCUUUCUUUGAACUUAUUUGUUGGGGUAGUUACAGCUGCAGGAUAUCCUGGACAAUCUGGAGCACUUAAAUAUUAUGAACGUCUCAAGGGAUUGGUUGACGUUAUUAGGGAAGAUACUACUUUAACUGAUUGGCAAAAGCAUAAUCUUUUGGUUAUGGGUGGUGAAUCAAAUUAUCUAUUCAGAUAUGACGUUGAGCUAGGAAAUUUUAAAUUCAUUGAAGCUGAAGAAUGGUUUUUACCAUUGAUGAUGAGUUGGGAUAAAAAGAAGAUUGAAUACAUUAUGGAAACUACAGAUCAACAUUUGAAAUAUCUUCAAAAUAAAUUGAAACUUACAGAGAAGUCUACAAUUAUUAGAAAGGAAAGAUCUAUUGGAAUUAUACCUAACCCGGGUCAUAAGAUAAUUAGAGAGCAUUUAGAGGAAAUGGUAUUAUCAUGUCUGGCUAAAUUACAAGUACUUUUAACCAAAACUGACCAUUCUGGAUCAAUUGAGUUACACAAUGGAAACACAGUAUGCGAAACCCGUGAAAGAAACCCAGCAGAUGAUAUUAGGGUAUGUGCAUUCAAUGGAGGUUCAGAUGUUUGGGUUGAUAUUGGAGAUAAGAGUCUUGGAGUUGAAUCUUUACAAAGAUACUUAUGCCAAGAUAUACCCCCAGAUACUCAUAAUUAUUGUCCAAUUUUGAAAGCAGAGAGUUUACACAUUGGAGAUCAAUUUGCAAGUGUGGGAGCAAAUGAUUUCAAGGCAAGACUUAGUGCAUGUACUGUUUGGAUUGCAAACCCUGCUGAAACAGUUGGAAUUUUGGAUGAUUUGAUUCAAAAUUUAAUUAUGUAG